AAUAUAUAAAGGUUAUUUGCUCACGAGAUAUGUGAAAUUGUAAAAGGCUUGCAUAUAUGAAACAACAAUUCAUAGCAAAAGUCAUUUCAAUUCAACUACCCAUAUCAGUGCUUCAAAUCCUGCAUGCAGAGGAAAUAAACUUUGUUUGAUACGUCGCCUCAUCUCUUUAUACCUCUUCUCAUGCUUUGCAUGGUUAUUGUCUUAGCAGCGAUGUGGAACUUUCAAAGAGUUAAGACAAAUUCAAACACUGCCUGCUUUAGCGGCUUUGUAACAGACGAUAGUCUUGAAUCUCGAAGCUAAAGCCAGACACCAAUAAAUCUUUGCGAGAAAACUGAGUUUCUUCUUCUUCCUUACCUUACACAGAACUAACUGGAUGGACAGUCUUCAACUCUCUUGUACGAUUAGUUUCUCAUUGUAAGCUCCCAUAUGCUUUUGCCCUUCUGGUUGCAAUAUUUCAAAUUCCUCAAAGAUCUGAUGUUUGCGCACCAACUUGACUGUGACAUGAUAUCACAGUAACAGAUCUGUUAUCACAGACUGAACACUUACAAAACUCUAGCCUUUUGCAAUAUGAUCCAAACCAAGCUCAAAAAAGUACAAGCAAAUCAUCUAUUAUUACAACGUUGUUGUCUUCCUACCUAGUCACCAGCUACAAGCUAUCACCACUUCUGAUAUAAGUUCACCUUCAAAAUUAGUGAACUGGACAGUUUUUAACUCUCUUGUAAGGUUAAAUUUCAGCCCACUGAAAGCUCACAUGCUCUUAAACUCCUGGUUGCAAUUUCCACUUCCUCAAACAUCUUACAUUUGCGCACCAAACUAACUGAGAAAGGAUAGAUAGUUGCAGUCACUAACCGCUUCGCGUUGUUCAAAAUAUAAAUCGCCACUUCUUUCUCAACUUUUGUUCCUUCAUAGUCUCUCCACUCAAACCUCUAGAGAUGUAACAACAAACAUUCACAAACACACCUCGGCUGGAUCCAUCGAACCUUCCGCUCCGCAGGCAUCCCAUGGUCCUGAACAAGCUUGAGAGCUUGUAGUUUAGGAGAAUGGUGGAGCAAACUCACAAGCAUACUCGUCCAGCUAUCAUCACAUCAACAUAGCUCCAAACGCACAAGCUGAAACAAAACUGUACCACGGGGAUACCGAGCCUGUAUACACGAUAUAAGCAAAAAGGAAACAAUGUAACAGUUUCCAAAACUAGCUAAUGAUAUAAACCAACGGAUAAACUCUUCAGGGAAGGUAAGUCAACGGUGAAAGUCACUACAUUGUCUGGGGACGCGUCUCCACAGCUAACUCUUCAAGGACGGGACAGGUUGAUAUAAGGCUAGAGAAAGAUUCAUCGUCUGAGUAAAUGACAGAGAGAAGGCGUAGCUUUACGAGGGAACGGAAGGUAAACUGAGAAGAAGGAACAUCCAGAAGAACAUCACUCUGUUGAGUUCUAACGUGUCUCAAGUGUUACGCAUCUGAACAACCUACUUGGUAACGAGACAAGACCGUGGUCGUAAUAAAAACUUAUUUUCAAGUCACGCACGAACCGAUCGACAGCGAUUCUAACCCAUAGACCGAUCUGGGAAGCGCUGCAUUCAGAGGCGAUGUUGAGAUGAAAGCUUUCUAGAACCGCUGCCUUGUGUAAAUAGCAAAGUUCCAGACACAAACUGAUACAGACUUGUGAUAUGAUUAUCAUUAGCCUCUUCGUCUUCGUAGCUAUCUUCCUCUGAGAAAACUUCCAAUAACAUUGGCAUGGUAGGACUAAAUUGUAUUGAGCAAACUUCCCAAUGAUAAAAUCGUAAACAUAAUAUAGGUUUUUGUUUGGUCAUAAAGUGUAACUGUAAUUACACUUCGGGAAAUUUACCAAACAUGACUCAAAACUUGAUUUCGAUUGCAAAAGUAUACUCAAACUUGAAUCAAAUGUAAAAGUAACCCAAAAAUCUUGUAAAAUUACAGCUAGCCCCUUGUGACCAAACAAAAAAACAUAACUCAUUUUUACGAAUAUAGCCCCAGAAAGUCUUCUGAGUCUUUUGAGAUAUUGUACAUCGUCUAGGCAACGUCCAUGGAAGUCUUCUAGUAUAGUUGAUCUUAAAAUAAUUUAUAGAUUUAAAAAAAAAUAUUUUGAUAAGUGAAAAAUUACAACCAUGUAAUUAUAAACAAUUUUCAGUGAUAUAAAUUAAGAUAUAAUAAAAUUGAAUAGUUUUCAACAUAGAUGAGUGAAAUUAGUUAAUCAUGAUAAUCUUUCGCUUAGGGUUUGACAACAUAUGUUGUAGUAUUGUAUGUAUUCUUAGGGUUAAAUUUUGGAAAGCCGAAAUGUUUUUUUGAAAAAUUAAAAUUUUACCUAUAUUGUUUAUUUAUGUGUAUAGUAAACACUUUUUAAGUUAAUUUGAUUUUAUGAAGUGUUCAGUUAGUUAAUUUAGUUUAGGGGUUAUGUUUAAAGUCUAGACAGCUAACAAGUAAGUCGUCUAACGAUUAGAAGACUUCUCAGAAAGUCUUCUAAGUUGUCUAGGGUAAACGGGUUAGUUUGACAUUUAACCUGAUUGUGUCAGAAAUUUGACUUUUCCUAGACGACUUACCCAUAAGUCGUCCAGUAAAAAAUUAAAAAAUCAAUAUUUGUUAUAUCUAGACGAUUUCCAUGUAAUCGUCUCAGGUUAGUUUUGCAACUGAAAAAUAAAACAAAAAAUUUAUUUUUUUAGGCGACUUACACAGAAAUCGUUCGUCAAGAUAAGCAAGGUUUGACCAGAAUCUGGGAAUAAAAUCAUGGACGACUUUCGUGUAAGUCGUCUAACGGACGACUUCCGUGUAAGUAGUCUAGAAAAAAUAAACUUUUAUGUUUUAUUUUUCAAUUGCAAAACUAACCUCAGACUAUUUACAUGGAAGUCGUCUAGAUAUAACAAAAUAUGAUUUUUUAAUUUUCUACUGGACGACUUACCUUUAAGUCAUCCAGGAAAAGUCAAAUUUCUGACACAAUCCGGACAAAUACAAAACUAACCCGUUUAUCCCAGACGACUUACAUGGAAGUCGUCUCGAUUUUUUUUAACAAACAAAGAUGGACGACUUCAUGUAAGUCGUCUCUAAAAACACAUUUAAAAGUCAAUUGUAAAACUAACUUCUGCAUUGACAAGAAGACUUCCAUGUAAGUCGACUACAGCUAGAAGACUUACCCAGAAGUCGUCUGGGCGAACAGGUUUUGAAAAAAAAAACUGAUUUCAUAGUUUCAACUAGUGAGAUAACUUGUUUCGCACACAUAAGUCUUCUCUAAGCACCCAAAAUCUCAAACAAAAGUGACCCACUAAGAAUCGUAAGCAUCAAUGGCUCUAUGAAGCAUAAAAAAUUUAGAAUCAAAAUAUUGAGUUUUUUUUUUAUGAAUAUAGAGAGAAAGUGAAAAAGAUGUUGUUUUUAGUUCAUAAGAAUUGAGAAAGAAGAAGUGUAAAUCGAUUUGAAGUGCAUUAAGAACUUCAAAUUGGUUCUUCAUGGUUGUUGGUGUAUUGUUGACAAUGACAUUCUUGUAAAUAUUUGAAGAUGAUGAGGUUGAGAAAGUAAAAAUGCUAUUUUCAAAAAUUAAAAAAAAAAUUAAUGACAUUUUCGUGAAUAAUCUGAACUUAUGUGAUGAAUAUGACAAAUGAAAUGUCAAAAAAAAAGCAUGGGUUAGUUUUGUGGUUGACUUUGAGUUUUGAGUCAGUUUUGCAAAAAUCUCUUCAUAUUUCAUACUCAAAUUUUACGUUAGUUUUUGACAAAUUUCCCCCAUUAUAAUUAGUCAUGAUUAUUUAAAUCUAGCUCCACUUGUGACUAAUCAUUUUAAUUUUAUAUUUACGAUUAGUAAUUAUUUAAAUAAUUAAGUUUUAUGAAAAUUAUAUAGCAAUAAAUUUUUAUUGUCACCAAAUUUACUCGUUUUACAAGAUUUUUAUUUAAAUUUAGAUCCAUUCAUCAAAACUACAAGAAAAAUCAAUUGUUAAAUGAAUGCAUGUUUGAAAUAUUUGACCAAAAAUGAGUAGUUUGAGAAGUAUUUAUACCAUAAUUACAUCUAUAAUAUUUUAUUUAUACACCCUAGAUAGAUUUUAAUUUUCUUAAAUAUAUUACUAUGUUAAUAAAGAAUUACUUAUUGUAUAAUGUUGAUAUUUAUCAUUUAUUUUUUGCUUAAGAUAUUUAAUAUUUUUUCUUAAAUUUACAUAUGUGGGCAGCUAAAUUAUAAUGUAGUAACAUAUGUCACAUUGGUGUAUGACUACAUAAGCAUAUCAAAAUAUUGUUCUUUUAGUAAUAAUAUAUAAAUAGAUGUUAUACGUAAGCCACGAAUUAGUCGCAAUCAUAUUUUUUUUUAUCAUUUCAAUCUUUGAAAGCUUUAGAAAAUGGAAGAAUGUCGUUUCGUGUUUGAUUAUGAUGAUGAUGUAGCCAGGAGGAAAGCUCUAGAUUAUAUAAAUAAUUCCAAAGGAGUUAAAUCCGUAACAUUAAAAGACAACCUCCUUAUCGUGAGGGGAGACGGACUAGAUCAAGAUAAAAUGGAGAAGAAGUUGGAUAAGAUUUUUUCACCAAAAAAGGGAUGCGUAUGGUGUAUGGCGUUUUAGUCCCAAUGGAUGCUAUGUUGUUUAUUUAUAUUUUCAUGUUCUAUAAGAGUGUUUGAAUUUAUGCUUGAGUAUUGAUUAAAAUCUACUCGUAUAAUAUUACUAGAUGUUUUACCAGUAUAUGCGGCAUAAUUAUCGACAUAAUUAUCUUAGAAAUCGAUUAAAAUUAUCAAUAUAAAUGAUUUUUUUCAUGCAUUCAAAAUAUUCAGAAUAAAUCAAAAAUUAAACUUUUUAUACAUGACCAAAAUUAUCAAAAAAAAAUGUAAACUUCUUUUUAUUUCAUGAAAAACUUGAAAAUUUAGAAUUCUAUUUUAUUUCUUCAACUCUAUAAUACAUAUAGAGAUUUAAAUUUUAAAAAUUUAAGAAACAAAAUAUAAUAAAACUAUCUAAUAUAUUAAUACGGAAAUGAUAAAUAAAUUUUUAACUAAUACUUAUUUAUAUUUUUGAUUUCCUUUUUUGGAACAUAUUUUUGAUUUAUAUUUUUGAUUUAGUUAUAUAUUUUUGAUAUAUAUAUAAGCAUUCUACUUUUUUAUAAUUUAGUUUUAUACUAUUAUUACAACUUUAUAAAAACAAAUUAGAAAUAGAGGAAAUCUAAUGUGAUGAUGUUUAUAAAAGAAAAUUCAUGUCAUCGUAAACUCCAUAGUUCUUUGUAGUGGAUUUUUUGUAAAGCUAUCAAUGGUAACACAACAAGCUGUACCGCAUCUAUACAUUUGUCACUAUUAGAACUAUCAUUCAGGAUCUAAGAAUACUUUUGAUAAAAGAUGUGUUCUAGACCGAUUUUUUUCUAAAAAUGUAUUUGAUAGGUGAGAUCAUCUUUAGAAUGUUAGUUUGAGAAUUAAAAUUUGUACAAAAGUUAAUUUAAUUUUUCGCUCUCCACAUUUUCCACCAUCUGGUAACAUAAACCUUGAAUUUGUAUAUGCUGGUUCCUGGUUUAUUAUCUUUGAUCUUAACCAAAGCAGCUGGUUUUAUAUGAAGAUAUAGGGCAUAUUUUCCAUUAAUAGAAACUCUUGUCUAAUACCAAAGCAGCUGGCUCACUGUUGAAAAUUAACGUAUGCGUAGGUUUAAUAUUUUGAUUUUCCAUUAAUAAGAAUAUUAAUUAGAAGGAUAAAUACAUACUAUACGACAAUAGCACAUGUAACUUAAUCUAUACUAUUACAUUAUUAACAAUAGUAAAAUGUAUAAUAAUAUAACAGUAUAACAUAUAUAAGUUUCAAGCACUAGAAUAUAAAACUUAAUAAUACAUUCAUUAAUUUUUUAAGUUUGAUUCAUUAGUUUUAUAAAUUUAAAUAUUCAUUAAGGGUAACAACGAAUUUAAUCACUCUAAUUUUUAAUUUGAUAAUUCGAAUGCAAAAAAUCAAUUCGCAAAUAAUAGUAUAGAUUUGUUGUUUGUAUAACAUUCUACUCAUUUGAUUUUAUAUAAAUAAUAUGUAUAUAUAUAUAGUGAACUGGAUAGUUUUCAAAACUUAAGUAAGAUUAAUUUUCAGCCUAUUGUAAGCCCACAUGCUCUUAAACUCCUGGUUGCAAUUUCCACUUCCUCAAACAUCUGACGUUUGCGCACCAAACUGACUGAGGCAUUGCAGUCACUAAUCAUAUCGCAUUGUUCAGAACAUAAAUAGCCGCUUCUUUCUCAGUUUUUGUUCCUUCAUGGUUUCUCUACUCAAACGUUUUGAGAUGUAAGAACAAACAUUCAGAAACACGCCUCGGUUGGAUCCAACGAACCUUAUGGUCAGCAUUCAGCAAGCAUCCCAUGGUCCUGUGAUCAAAUACAUUUCACUAUCAAACCAGAGAAACUAAGCAUGAUUGAUUGAGAAAUUGGGGGGGGGGGGGGGGGGGGGGGGUUUAGAGAAGAAAAAUGUACCAUGACAAGCUUGAGAGAUUGUAGUUUAGGAGAAUGUUGGAGAAAACUCACAAGCAUAUUCGUCCAGCUAUCUUCACAUGAACAUAGCUCCAACCACAAAAGCUGAAACAAUACUGUAUGAACAACUUCGAAGAAGCAGAGUCCAUACUCAAUCACCAGUUCGUCCUUUGAGAAGAACACUAACCCCUUAGAGCAACCUUAAUGGUUGGGUUCUAAAAAUGAGGUUUUUAAAACAAGACACUAUUAUUUUAAUUUAUUUUGUUUAAAUGUUUAAAGUCAAAUGACAGUUGUUCAAAAAAAAAAAAGUCAAAUGACUAAACCACUAAUAUAUUGACAUGUACUUGUAGGUAGGGGUGGGCACUUUACCCGAUACCCGAAGCCGCACCCGAACCCGAUCCGAAAAACCGAACCGAAAUCCGAACCGAAGUAGCAAAAUACCCGAACGGAUAUUAAGUUAGGAGAGAUUGGAUAUCCGAACCCGAACGGGUAAUAUCCGAACCCGAAUGGAUAUCCGAAGAUAACCGAACAUAUGUAUACUUUAUAUAUCUAGCUUACAUCUCUUAUUUUAUUUAAAAUAUUUAUAUUAAUGUUACACAUACUUUAAGAUCAUAUAGUAUAUCUAUAAUUAUGGAGAAAAUAAUUUGAUAUUCAUUUAAAAUGUAUAUCAAAAUUUUUGUUUUAUGUAUUAACAAAAGGUACAUCCAAAGUUUAAAAACAAUAGCCAAAUUAAUAUCUAUUUGUUUUUAAGAUAUUAUCUCCAAAUCUAUUAAUCAUUCAAUCUAUAAAAAAUAAAAAUAAAUCAAUUAAGUGAAAUCUAUAUUUUUAAAUACAAGAAACUUAAAAGUGAAAAUUUUAUUUUUUUCUUUUAAAAUCUAAAUAUCCGAAAUAACCGAACCCGAACUAAAAAUACCCGAACCCGACCCGAAGUACAGAAAUACCCGAACGGGUUCUAUAUCCCUAUACCGAAAUAUCCGAAAAUCUGAAAUACCCGAUCCGAACCCGAACGGGUAUCCGAACGCCCACCCCUACUUGUAGGAGUUGCAGAUAGUUUAUUCCCGAUGUUAUUUAGGGACUGAUUGCUGUGUUUUUUAUUUUCUUUUCUUUUUAUCUUUAAAUACUUAGUAAUAUUCCACCGUUGGACCUGCUCUUAUGUUUUUAAUUAUUAUAAUUACUAGGGUAAUAACCCGCGCUUUGCUUUUUUUUGAUUUUUUUAUAAAAUUUUAGUAACAUAUAUUAGUAAAAUAAUUUUCAUAAAAAUUUAGUUUAAAUGAAAUAAGAAUAUAUUUGAUUUGGUAUUAAAAUUUGAACAAAUCCAUUUAAAAUGAAAAAAAAAAACAAAAUGUAAAUGAAAAGUAAAUACGUGUUCUAUUAUUUUAUGUAUGGAUUCACUCUCAUAUUUAGUCCACUUUGAUUAUAAACCCGUCAAAUAAGAAAAUGUCACUGUUUAUAAAAAUUAUAUAUUAAUAUUAAUCUAAUAUUACUAUUUUAGACAAUGUAAUUUUUACAAUUCUAGAUAAUGUAUUUAUAUUUCUUAAAACGUUUCAGAAAAACUCAUAUACACAUCAAGAUACUGUAAAAUUUUGCUAAAAAGUUAUAAACACAAUUCUUAGCUAGAAAUAUUUUUUUCCUUUUAUUGAUAAGGUUUGUAACGUAUAAAAAGAGAAAUAUGCUAAAAUUGUUUUUCUCAACCAAAUCAUUUGUAUAUCUUUUGUGUAAACCUUAUAAAAUAGAUAAAUUUUAUAACAAAUGUAGAUGAUAUUCGACACCGAAGAGAUGCUAUAAUAAUGAACUUGUAACUCCUAUUACAAAAUACCUUGUUCAUAUUGCAAAUACGAAUCAAUUCACCCCUGGCGUUCAAUAUAACUCCGAGAUUUAGCCAACAAGAUGAGUACCUCUUCCAUAGCACAUGUACUACGAUAUGUCGAUAGAACCAAAUAGUUAUCAGCGUUCUAAUGCUGGAUUAAAGAACUAAAAGCAAUAGAAGUAAACUUAUUCCAACGAAGACCAGAGUUUCCACGAGACCAACAUAGCACAAUUAGCUCUUUAACUACGUGCAAGCCUUUUUAGUUACUAUAGUUGUAUAUGGGUCCAUUAUUAAAACAGAUGAAGCUAUAGAUCUUCAACCACCUGCAUCGUUGCCAAAUAUUCAAAUGCUGUUUAUCUCUUUUCUCUUGAUGUUGUCAUCAUCAUCACCUUAACCCUCCUUCAAAUCUAGUCACCUAUAUCACUGCAUCUUUUUUUCAUAUUCUAGAGAAGAACAAAGAUAUUCCUCCUCCUGGACAUGGGUCCCGUCCACUUGUGGAACAAUUCAACACAAACCUUAAGCUUCUUAAUAAAUAUCAGCAAUUUGUUCAAUCUUUUUCUGUGACAGUUGAAAAAAGAACGGCAAAAUAGUUUCUUUGCAAUCUUCAUAAUGAAAUCCACUUGGAUCUCGGUUAACAAACCUUGGCAUCAAACUCUCCAGAUUUUUCUCAAUCUCGUCAUCAUCAUCCUAGCCCGGCGUGAAACCUAACAACACAUUGGCCCUGUUCUUUUGUCAACCGCGGCGGCGGCAGCGUCAGCGUCGAGAAAAGUAACGUUAAGAAAGAACAAAAUCAUGGAAGAAAUAGAAACAGCCGCCAGAAACGAUCGCCCGUGCUAUCCAAGGCUUCUUUAAUGGACGCCAGUAUUUUCAGCGUCAUCUUCUGUGUGUAAUAUGUCUAUCGCGUCGAUACUUGAUAACUCCGUCUUUUCCGUUUUACUCUACAACUACUGUUUUUUUCUCGACGCCGCCGUUGCCGCUGCGGUUGACAAAAGAACACAGCUAUUGUUGUUAGUAUUUUUCGAUGGGAUAAUGCGGCACAGAGCUUGAAAGUUUAGAUUCUAGACCAAUAAGUAUCAAAGCAGGUUAUAUUUCUAAGUUUUGAUCUAACAAAUCAAACUCAUUUUUCUAAAAACUAUAUUUUCUCUUAAAAACACCAAAAAGACAGAAACAUAUAAAAAAUGUGAAAACAUUAAAAUUUAUUUGCAAAAACUUUCUUCAAUAAAUACUCCAGCGUCUAUAUCAGUAGGAUCUCUAUCAAUGGUGUCCACCACACUAUAUUUUCCACCACCUCUGUCACUGGAUUUCUCUCAUUACCAUCUCUGCUUUGCAUUCUCGCUAUAAUCUGCUACCUCAGUCUCACAACCACCACUAACAACGUUAUUGUUUCGUUUAUCUUUUACCUUUUGUGGGUUUUUAUUGAGAUAAUGUGCCACAAAGCUUUAAAUUUUGGAUACUCGAGGUGUGUUUUUUCCAAAAGAACUAUUGUCGAUUUCGUCUCGUAAGUGACAUCGUUACUGAUUCUUGAUUCGCUGGGUAUCUUUUCUUGGAGAAUCUGAAGUCAAAGAAGAUGAAGCAAUCGACAUGUGACUAAGCUUGCGUGGAUUAUGACUGGAGAAACGAAAUGUUGUUAUUGGUUUCAAUAUUUUUUUAUUUAUUGACAUGGCUACUCCACAAUGAUUUUAAACGCUUAUGUGGCAACUGCUGGAGAGUCUCUAGCCUUAUUAUUGUGUUGAUUAUUUUUAAUGCAAAAUAGUAUAUUGUCGGGGUUGUAUUUGCUAUUUCCAAAAUCGCGGCCUAUCUUAUACAAUAAAGUAGGCUUGAGUCUCUUCUCAGCCCUCCACAUCAUUUUUUUGCAUCGGGCAAAUUUUGCCACCUGUCAUACUCUCUUUACUUUAAUUAUUUCUCGAGCUAUUUAUCAUUUGUUAUUUGGGCUAACUUAAAAUCUUUAUUAAAUAGGCCCAUAUUUUAUUAGAGUCUGGUUUGUUCUCCCGGUUGAGGAUGCAAAGUAUUAGGUAAUUGGUUUGGCUCUUCAGAAUCAGAUCUCACCUCCUCUGACCUUAUACGUUUUUAUCAUCACGCCUCCCACUCUCUCGCAUUAAAACGGCAUUAGCAUCCUCUAGCGUAACCAUCUGAAGCUCUGCAUAUAAAUGGAAUCAUUGCCUGCGAUGAAUAGACCCACUCUCCAACGAUGGGCUUCUAUCCGAGGUCUCCAUUUCGUUAAAAAGCUGAGAUUCGCAUUCUUGUCUUCCGAAAUCGAGGUAUUACUACAAAUUCUUUCUUCUUGGAUCUGAUUGGGAUUCUGGAUUUCGAAUCUCCAAUGCGUUUUAGUUAAAUCUUAACUCAAUUUAUUUGCUUUUGAGAAGUGGAGAGAAAGGAAGAUGGGAUAGAUGAUUGACAAGAAGUUUGUACUAACCUAUAUCUUCUCCUCACUUCUGGAUCUCUGGUGUAAUUCUCUACGAGGAUACUUAUUUUAUCAUCUAACUAGAAUUUGAGAUUUGAAUUGAAAUGAAACCAUAGCCUCAAGAGCUUGGUGCCAGAAAGUUUGAUUUCAUAGUAUUACUGACUAUAUCUAUUUGUUCUUCUUUUUUUUUAGUUUAUAGGCUGUAUUUAAUUAUUAUCUAUUGUUCUUGGAUUUCGUUCUGCAGUGGGUUCUACUUCUAUCUCCCAAGUUCUUCAAUUUUCCACUUCAUAACAUUGACUCAUGAUCCAUAUGGGAUUUUCUAAGUUCGUGGCCUUCCUUCCUAUUCGAGUGUUCAAGGUUGUGGCAUCUGUUAGAAUGAAAUUCUAAAUCCCUUUUGGACAUGUGACAUGUGUGGUGCCUAUAAGCGCAUUCUUUGCAUCUAGCCACUGGAUUGGCUAUACUUCGUAUUUGCACCAGUUGGCUUCGCACACCACUUUCUUUUUUCUCAAAGCCUAUAUCAGUAUAUUAAUUUCAAUAUAGUUGACAUGGUCUACGGGCAUAAUUGCUGAAGUAUUUAGUAACUUUUUUGGCUCUUCAUCUUAGGUAGUUUGGAUUGUGAUUGCUGGUUUCUUCCUUUUUCGCUUUUAAGUGAAAGUUCUGAUUCAUAGAAUCAACAUGGACUAUGGACAUUAGAUUAGUUUUGUUUGACUGGAUGUGUCACGAAAACCGAUGUCACUUGCUUCUACGACAAUUUAUUUUAAAUUUGUGCUCAUUAAAAAUAUAAAGUUUAGUGCCAGAAUUAAAUUGAAAUCCUUUUAAUAAUCUAUUAAGUGCAGCAAACAAUAUUACAUAAUCAUUCAGUUUUGAAAUGAAACUUUAAGUCAAUACUCGCAAAGUUUGAAAGUUGUUUCUUUUCCAAAAACCCCAACAAAAACAAAACUUAUGCAUACAUGAGAAUAUAUAACAUUUCAAAAAUCAUAAUUCAAAUCAUAGUAGAAAGCAAAUAUAAAACAAAAUAAAAGAUGGACUGAAACAAUUAAAACAGUUGUUAGAACAUGUUAGUUAAACCGAAAGACCAUAUAACACCUCAACCAUAACGAUCUUAUACAGGAAACUUAUCCAACAACGUAUUGUUUCAUACAUACAAAUUAACAAAAUCUUUAAACUCAUGAAAAUAAUUACUUUAUAUACAAAACAAGGAUGACAUCCCGCGCGAAGCGCGGGUCGACCACUAGUUUAACUAUACACAAGACUAUAAUCAUAGCUACUUUAUAACAGAGUUUAUUGGAAUUAUUCGCGGAGCCCAAAACUGGUUAACUUUUUUUCUAUCACAAAAUGAUACAUAUUUUGUUGAACAUUAAUCAUAAGAGCAUAACUAAUUAGCAAUAAGAUAAAUAAAUUUAAAAUAGUGCUAUCUCUUAACAUUACCACUAUUAUAGCACCGAAAAUGGGCAUAACAUUUUAUGGGAAAUGCAUAUAGAAGGAAGGAGUGACCUGGCUCAGGAUAAGGGCUAACAAUACAUUUUUCUUUCAAUUCUUAUCUUCUACUCCUUUGUAAUAAUUAAUCUAAGAUUUGAUAUGAUUUGUUAUGUCAAAGAAAAAAAAGAUUUGAUUAGUUAUUUUUCUUUGUAUUCUUUUCCUUAUGUAAAAACAAGCAAACAAAGUACACACACGGAAACAGAAACUCAAAUAUAAAUAUCCAAUUCUCUCUUCUAUGAGAACAUAUUGAUUGUGAUGGAUAAGUUUGAUUGGUCCUUGUCGUCUUCUUCUCCGAUCGGAAAGAACAGUGAUGACGAAGGAGGAGAAAAUGAAGCUGAAUCUCCUUACAAGGGUCCUCUUGAUAUGAUGAAAUCUCUCGAAGAAGUUUUACCCAUCAGGAGAGGUAUAUCCAAAUUCUACAAAGGGAAGUCCAAGUCAUUCAUGAGCUUAAACAAUACUGAAUCCUUGUCGAUGAAAGAUUUAGGGAGGCCUGAUAACCUUUACAGUCGCCGCCGGAGAAAUCUUCUCAAUCACCGGCUUUGUAGUCGCGGUGGGAUCUCGAAGAAACCACUCAAGGCCAACUUCACGGUGGUAUCUUCCUGCGGCGAUGAUUCGUCUUCAGCCUCUAAUUUAAAACAUCAGCAUUGA